AUGAAGGAGCUGCAGGCCGUGCGGGAGAACCUCAUCAAGCAGCACGAGCAGGAGACGGCCCGGACAGUGAAGGUGCGGGACGGCGAGAUCCAGAGGCUCAAGUCGGUGCUGUGCGCACUCCGGAACGGCAGCAGCAACGAAGAGCAGAUUGCAGGCAUCACUGAUGCUGAAAGAGAAGCCAAGGCUCAAGAACAACUUCAGGCCGAGGUGCUAAGGUAUAAAGCCAAAAUGAAAGAUCUGGAAGCGACUCUGGCUCAGAAAGGGCAGGAUUCACACUGGGUAGAAGAUAAACAACUUUUCAUUAAGAGAAACAAGGAGCUUUUAGAAAAGAUAGAAAAACAAGAGGCAGAAAAUCACCGGCUCCAACAGGACCUACAGGAUGCCAGAGACCAUAAUGAGCUGCUGGAGUUUUGA